GGGCAUGCGCUCUGCUGCGGGUGAUCUGCUCAGCCGUGCUCUGGGCCUCCUGUCACCAGCAGACCUGCCAGCCCAUCGCUGGACACUCCAGCCUGGGGGCACUGGAGCGAGAGGGGGACGUCACCUUGGGAGGGCUCUUCUCCCUCCACGACUCAGUGCUGGAACCUGACUUGACUUUUGGAUCCAGACCCACUCCCACACGCUGCUCUGGGUUCAACUUCCGAACCUUUAGAUGGAUGCAGACCAUGAUUUUUGCCAUAGAAGAGAUUAACCGACAGGGUCACCUUCUUCCCAACCUGACCCUGGGCUACAAGAUCUAUGACUCCUGCAGCACCACCUUCCAGGCGCUGCGAGCAGCAAUGGCGCUGGUGAAUGGGCGCGGCCCGGGCAAGGAGGCAGCCAGUUGCAGUUCCGCGGUGCCCAUCGUCAUCGGUGAUGGCGGUUCCACUCUCUCCCUGGUGGUGGCGCGACUUCUGAGCAUCCUUCGUUUGCCACAGGUGAGCUACUUCUCUAGCUGUGCCUGCCUGAGUAACAAGAAGGAGUUCCCAGCCUUCCUGAGGACCAUGCCCAGCGACCUCUUUCAGGUCGACGCCCUGGCCCUGUUGGUUCGCCACUCGGGCUGGACCUGGGUUGGCACAGUGGCCGGGGAUGACGACUACGGCCGGCAGGGCAUCCAGAUCUUCAACCAGCAGGUGGGAAGUCAGGGUGCAUGUGUGGCCUUUCUGGAGGUCAUCCCCAAGAACCAUGCCGGCGAGCGUAUGUCCAGCAUCGUGCGACGCAUACGGCUGUCCGGCGUGCGCGUGGUGCUGCUCUUUGCCCUGGAGCAGGAUGCAGGGGCGCUCUUUCAGGAGGUGCUCAGGCAGAACCUGACCGGCAUCCAGUGGCUGGCCAGUGAGGCAUGGGUCACAGCAUCCGUGCUGGCCACACCGCACUUCCAGCCCAUCUUGCAAGGCUCCGUGGGGUUCGCGAUCCGCCGGGCCGACCUGCCCGGGCUGAAGCCCUUCCUCCUCCGCCUGCACCCAUCCAUGGCUCCCUCCGACCCCUUUGUCCUUGAGUUCUGGGAGAAGACCUUCGGGUGCACAUUCCAGGGCACCCUGGGCCAGAGCCGCUGCACCGGCUCUGAGCAGCUCGCCAGCGUCACGAAUAUCUAUGCUGACGUGACACAGCUGAGGAUCUCCUACAACGUGUACAAGGCAGUGUACGCCAUCGCUCACUCUCUGCGCUCCAUGCUGCAGUGUGGGCCAGGGGGGGCACCCUUCUCUGGGGGCUCCUGUCCUCACGUCUCCAACAUCCAGCCUUGGCAGCUCCUGCACUACAUGAAGCAGGUGGAAUUCACCAAUGAGUUCGGGGAGACUACGAAAUUCGACAAGAACGGGGACGCCGUGGCAAUGUACGAUCUGAUAAACUGGCAGCUCACGGGCGACGGCGCCGUCAGGUUUGCCACGGUGGGCCGGUUCGACGGGACAUUGAGCCCCGAUAAGAAGCUAAUGAUCGACGACAAGGCUAUCGUCUGGAACGGGAACCUGAAACAAGUCCCCCGGUCCGUCUGCAGCGACAGCUGCCCCCCCGGCACUCGCAAGGCCAUCAAGCCUCGCCUCCCUGUCUGCUGCUUUGACUGCAUUGUCUGCACAGCUGGGGAGGUUAGCAAUCAGACAGACGCCAUAGAGUGUGAGAGGUGCCAGCCGGAGUUCUGGUCCAAUGAGGACCGCGACGCGUGUGUCCCCAAGCAGCUGGACUAUCUGUCCUUCCAGGACACUAUGGGCAGCACCCUCCUGGCAAUGGCGCUCCUCGGGGCCUGCUGCACCACUGCUGUGGCUUUGGUCUUCACUUGCCACAGGAACACGCCGAUCGUGCGCGCCAACAACUCGGAGCUGAGCUUCUUGAUCCUGUGCUCUCUGGCGCUCUGCUUCCUGUGCGCCCUGGCCUUCCUGGGCCGGCCCUCGGCCUGGUCCUGCCAGCUGCGUCACACCGCCUUUGGCGUCGCCUUUGUGCUCUGCAUCUCCUGCAUCCUGGGCAAGACCGUGGUGGUGCUGAUGGCCUUCCGGGCCACGCUGCCAGGCAGCCGAGUCAUGCGCUGGUUUGCUCCCAUGCAGCAGAGGGCCAGCAUCUUCCUCUGUACCUUAGUGCAGGUGCUCAUCUGCAGCCUGUGGCUGGGGCUCGCCCCGCCGUCGCCGCGGAGACUGCUGACGCGCGAGAGUGCUCACAUCCUCCUGCUGUGUGAUGUGGGCUCCAGUCUGGCCUUCUCCCUUGUGUUGGGCUACAUCGGCUUAUUGGCCUGCCUCUGCUUCCUGCUGGCCUUCCUGGCCAGGAAGCUGCCGGACAACUUCAACGAGGCCAAGUUCAUCACCUUCAGCAUGCUCAUCUUCUGCGCCGUCUGGGUGGCCUUCGUGCCCGCCUACGUCAGCUCGCCGGGGAAGUACUCCACAGCCACGGAGAUCUUCGCCAUCCUGGCCUCCAGCUUUGGCCUCCUGGUCUGCCUCUUCUUUCCUAAGUGCUACAUAAUUUUGCUGAAACCAGAGAAGAACAACCGAAAGAACAUGAUGACAAAAUCGACACCAGGGAAGCAAUAUUAGAUUGAAGUUUCAUCUUUGGCCCUGUAAUAUAUGAUUCCAGAAAAGAAUGGAUUCCUCAGAUCCUAUUUCUGCGGGUUUAUUUUCCUUCUGCACCCAGUAGUAUGUAGGUAAGAUAAAUGUAUGGAACCUGAGCACUAAGCCUGUUAUGUAUAAUGACUAGUUCCUAGUGGGAGAAAAAAAAGUCACACCAGUAUGCUUUGGUGUUUAUGAGGAAGUGACAUGAAUAUGUCUCCUUUUAGUCCAUUUACAGCACUACUGUGGAACAUGUUUGGGGAGCAGCGAUCAAGCAGAAAUAACCAUAAAGAGCAGUGCGGAUUGGCAAAUGUGGGUGGCAUUACUGUACCAUACACUGUAUAUUCAUUCUUCUAUAUUUCAACAGUUUAUCUUAGUCAGCGCUGGGGGUGGGGGGGCCCAGGCAGCACAGGGCACAAAGCAGGGUAGACCCUGGAAGCAAUACCAUGCACACAAAAUUAUUUACUAGAGGUCAUUUAGCCAGUUAUGCCAGAGUCUCUGACUCUUAUUUUGCCGGAAUAUCUCACCUGUAACCACACAGAAUGCAGAAGGUUUACAGGAAACAGGAUUUAUUAAUCUUCAGAUGGUGUGAAAUGUGGUGAAGAUCGAAAGGCCGGGCCCAAAGUGCACACCUGCCAAGACACGACAUAGUGAAACCUGUACCAUUUGUAAUGUCCUUAACACAAGAGGAAAGGGAUGGAGCCACAUGGCAUCUGUGUCGUUUAUAAAGAUUAUACAGGCGGCUGCCGCUUUGUCAGGCCUGCCUGGGCGUAAAGCAGACCUGCGCUCCACAGGAACUGCAUGGAGAAGCAGCUGUCAAUGACUAAUUAAAAUCAGUGUCCCCUGAGAUUCACUACAUGAAAACAGGGCAGGUGACACCCCCUUAGCCUGACCCCCACAGUAAUAAACAACCUGUUUCCAUCAUAGGCCCCCUGUUCUGAACCCCCACCACCACCACCACCAUGCAUAACCCCUGAUAUCUGAUGCUACGUUGUUAAAUGUAUCAAUUUAUUUUGUGAUGGGGGGGUUGGUGUAGGAUUGGUGCUUCCGUCAGCCUGAAGGCACAAGGCCCCUGCACUGAACUAAUGUCACUUAAUGACACAUAAUGACUAAACCGUGGUACAGUACACAGGACACACACUGUGGCUUUGAACUCAGGCUACAAGGAACGGAAUGUGGUCCACCUGGCUUGAAAUGUGUUGAAAAUGGGCUCGAAAUGGCCCAUAAUUACCAAACCUUUGUGUUUGCUGGUCUGUGCUUGAAGGCAAUUAUAGAUUUUGGAGCUAUUUUCCAGGAAUCCUCUAAUCAGAGAGUGACUUUGCAUGUUUUGGCUGAACGAAGCAGACAACAAACUAUGGCAAUUAUACUGUAUUCUAGUAUAUUUUAUUCUUGUUUGUAAUUGUAAAAUCUUCUAUUUGGCAAAAUAAAACAAUUAAGUCAUUCAUCCUGCUCACAAAUGAAGGCUCAAAUUAAAAUGUUUGAAAAAUA